UGCUGACCGGGAAAGAUGGAGGGAUUACGUUUCGCGAGAUGUCACAGCAGCCAUGCGACAAAAGUCAAGGAACAGAUGGGAUGAAGCUUUUUUUGUGAAACUUUGAAUCUCAUGUGCAAGUCUGAAGAAAAAAAAUCUUUCAGUGUAUCGGGAAUUCAUACUCGUCGCACCAAAUAGCACAUUGGGAAUUUCCGGUCAAUGUUCGAUACUGGAAUUGCGAGCAUUCAAGGUGUUGCUUAUUUGCGCCGUGAAGUAUCAAUUAUUGCCUAAAUACGUCUGAAGAACUUGUAGACAAAGCAAAAGAAGCAAGAAGAUGGUGGUGUCUACUGUAGCAGUGUUGGCAGGAAUAGCUGCCGCUGUUGCUACCAAACCUGAAGCUGUGGCAUCAGAAGCUGCUGUGAUCGGCCAAGUGUCAAAAGUUGUUCCACAGGUUGCCUUCGUUGGUUCUUUGGCGUUAAUAAUAGCAGCCGCUAAGGAAGGACUAGCGUUAGGUACACAAGAAGCCGGGAAAGAAACAGCCUAUGGAGUGGCGGGAGUAGCGGCACUGACUACUUUUGUAGGCGCUGCAACUGGUGCUGCCGCUGGCAAUGCUGGGGGCACAGUCGGCAGUGUUGCAACUGGUGCAGCGGUUGGUUCAGCUAUUGCUUUUGGGACUGGUGUAGGAACAAGUGCUUCAGCGAGCGGUGCUGUUGGCUUAAUGAAGGCUGGAGUUGCUGCAGAACCUCUAGCAUGGUGCGUACUCGGCACUGACAUUCACGAAGGCAGAACACCAGCAGCGACGUACACAUUCGACUGCUGGAAACAAGUUGUUCAUGACAUGUCGACGGAACCCUCUAAAGGAAAAUUGCUGCUCGAUGUUGUCGGCGACCCUCGAGUCAAACAGACUAUUGUCAAGAGCAACGAAGACGGUCAGCUUCCAGAAAUAUUUCUUCAAAAUAUAUGGGAUGAACUUUUCAGCAUUGAUUUCGUCAUGUUGUCGUCUCAACAGCUGGCAGCCCAUGCUGUGCGUAUGUAGUAACACUAGCCACCAGCGUAAAAACAAAUAAACGAACUGCAUAUUAUAUAGAGAGAUGUAAAGUUAUCAUCAACGAGAAAAUUUUAAAAACAGUUUACUAUUUGUAUAGCGUAAACAUAUAUAUAAUAGACUUUAUAAUUCACAUUCAAUUUUUGUAUUGUCUAUUAUAAACUAAAGAAUCAUUAUUAAACAUGCUAGUUGAGUUUAAUUAGUAACAAAACAAUGUUCCAUACUGUUUGAGGGUUUCCAGCAUGGCCAGUGUUUCACGGUUUAAAAAAAUUCAUAACUUUCAGAAUUUCAUGUUAUAAUAAUAAUGAAAAUUUGUUCCGUUGAGAAUAGAAUCUAAAAUCAUAUCCAGAGUUUUUCAAACAUUUAGCAAUAGCCCUUCCCUAUAAGAACAAGCUGAGAGUCUGUCAGAAAGCUCCCACAGUGUAGACAGAUUUUCAGUUUUAAUGAAAAAAAUAAAGAGAUGUCUAUC